AUGCUUUCGUCUGCCGCCCGACACAGUCCGGGCCCGGAUAAUCUUCGAGGUGCCCGAUUGGCGCGACUGGCAACAACUUCCCGACCUCGCGCAGCCCUUUGGGGAAGAAGACGGUGGCAUCUCGAUGUGUGCCGCGCUCCGCGAGGUUAUCAACCACAGCAACCUCAAAUCCAUGCAUUACCAAGGCCUCCUGGACCCGUCUCUCUUCUGGGACAACCUACCAGAAACAAAAGAUGCCUCAGACAACGAUAA